CGACAGGUCUACAGACAGAAGAACAGGAUGGGAUCGUUUUCUUUGAUUUGGUUUUUUACUUUUGUUGCCUCUGGUUUUGCAUUAUUUGCAACUCACAAUACAUUUAAAUGGUCCGACUGUUCCGAUCCAAAUACACGUGUGCUUCAUAUGACCGGUUUUGAUGUUUCUCCAAAGCCUGUACACAUACCAGGAAAUCUAAGUGUAACCAUUGUUGGCGAUCUUGCACACAGACUUCAGACGAACAGUCACUACAGAUUAAAUGUUACCAUGGAUAAGAAACUUCUAAGUAACUGGCACGCUGUUCCAUGCGCUCAUAAAGUUGGUACAUGCGUUUACGACGAUCCAUGUGAGUUCUUACAAACAUUCUCUUCAAACCACACCUGUCCACAAGCCUUCAUCGACAAUGGUCUAAGCUGUACAUGUCCCUUUGAUCCUGUCACACUAAAUGUCAAGAAUGCAGCCGUUGAAGUAAAAACGAUUCCACAAGCAUGGAGUUUCUUGGCUAAUGGUGAUUUUAGAGCAAGAGUUGAAGUACUGGAUGGUUCCAAAAUGAUCGGAUGUUUACGAGCAGAGCUGUCCAUUACGAUACCAUGUCAUGGAUUUUUGUGUGGUCGUUGAUAAAAAGAUCCCAAAAAUUGCAAUAAAGUGAAGUUAUAUGAA